AUGUCGCUAUCUCAGAAAGGUGGAGUGCUACUUUACGAUGAAGAUGGACACGAGUAUCGGAAGGACAAAACAAUCCGAAAAGGGGUAGCUACAGCUUAUCGUUGUACGAAAACAAACUGCCGGGGAAGGAUGCAUAAAGAUGAAGCAACUGGAGUCCUUUCUGUCACCAACGAGCACGCUAUGACCUGCCUGCCAUUGAAAGAAAAAGAAGAGAUACGUGGAAUACACUGUGGCGCCAAAAACGAUCGGAUUGCUGGAGUUCCGACGAAGGAAAUUAUUAAACGACGUGUUCUCGGAGCUCGCCCACACUUAUUGCCUUAUCUCAAUACCAAGGGAAUUCAACAAAUGGCUCGUCGGCAAGUCAAAAUCGAUGGUGAUAGAGAUUGGCCUGCUCCGGUCACUGGAACUUUUCGGGUUUUAUUCUUACGAUAUGAUAACUGCUCAAACUACCCAGCUCCACACGCCAACGCAAUUAAAUUCUUUGCUACUGAUUGGGGAAUCGAUAUGUUACUUCAGCACCCUAUUUGGAGUAUUGAUGGCACGUUUUAUGCGGCUCCCUUUGGGUUUUCUCAAAUUCUGGUGAUCGGGGUUGAGAUAGAUCAUCUUUUCGUUCCGUGUGCAUAUGCAUUCCUGUCAAGCAAGUUGACACAAACGUAUAGCGACGUCUUUGGUCUGGUCAAACAAUUGGGAUUACCACCACCAACAAAAAUUAAAACAGAUAUGGAGCUGGCUAUUGUCAACGGUUUUAUGGCAGUCUAUGGCAACACAUCAACCAUACAUUUCUGUUGUUUUCAUUUCUUCAAGGCCAUCUUUCGCAAAAUUAAGGAGAAGAAACUACAAGACAUCUAUUGUGAUUCAAAUAUGUUUGUCUACGUGAAAGGAUUGCUUGCACUGGCAUUCAUAAGACCUGUUGAUGUCUUGCGAUAUUUUCGUGUACUACGAGAUGAAGCCUUCAAACAAAUUCCCUCCCUUAUUAAUGAGUUACAAGGCUUAUAUUCGUACUUCGAAAAAUCUUUUGUUGGAUUUGUUCAAAAUAGUCGCUUCAUUCGACCAACACACUCCAUUGAAACGUGGAACUCGUAUGAUACAAUCUGUCGUGGCGAACAACUUGGCAACUCGUCUCAAGAAUCUUACAAUUCUUUACUGAAAGCUCUUACUUCGCGAUGUUCUGCUCGCUAUAAAGCACCAGUCUCGACUCAGCCAACUGAAAUCCCGGACCCAAGCCAAGUGAUUGGAUCAAGUGUUGAAUUGAUCGAAACUCAUCCAUCUCACAGUGCAUCUUCACCGGAUCACUCGGAAAGCCCAGCUGAUAUUGAGACAGAAUCUGAACAAUUGACUCAACCUGAGACUCUCCGCCGCGAAUCCUCAUCUUCAUCCUGGGAUUCGGGUUUACGCGCUGAUUGCUCUCAUUCAACCACACAUUCAUCAUCAGCAUUGACCUCUAGUACUUCGUUUAGAAGAGAUAGACUUGAAAACGUUGGCUAUGGGAAUCAGCGGAGUUUAUGGUGUGAAUUGCCUGAGGUGAAAAAUGCUGGCCUUUUGGAAACACUCGACAAGGAGACUAAACAGCUACAAGAGGCUUAUUUUGAGGUGAUAACCAGUGAAGCAAGUUAUCUCCGAUCAUUGAACAUUUUGAUCACGCAUUUUAUGGCUGACAAAGCGAUGCUUGGUUCAAAAAGCAGUGACUCUGUGAUAUCAAACGAUGAUCGGAAGCAUCUCUUCAGUAACAUUUUUGCCGUGAGAGACUCAAGUGAACGUCUUCUUGUCGAUCUCGAAACUCGUCUCGAUGAGUCGCUUGUUUUGGAUUGUAUCUGUGACAUUCUUAUGCAACAUUUCGACACAAAUUUCGAUGCUUAUAUAAAAUAUUGCAGUAAUCAGGUUUAUCAAGAUCGAACAAUUCGACGCCUCAAAACAGAGAGCUCAGCUUUUCUAGCGGCUGUGAGUCGCUUAGAAGCGGAUAAACAAUGCCAUGGCCUUGAUAUGCGAUCGUUUUUGAUGCUACCAAUGCAAAGAAUCACAAGAUAUCCACUUUUGAUUUCCGCAAUUUUGGAACGACAACCAAUUGGAUCGGAGAGUCAUCGAGUUGCGGCAAGGACACUGGCGUUAGCUAAUCAGGUGGUGUCAAAUUGUAAUGAGGGAGUGAGAAGGAUGGAGAGAACCGAGCAACUUCUUGAUGUCGAUCGCCGAUUGUUCUACGAGGACAAUGAUCUCAAACGUAUCCCCCUUGUGACCGCGAAUCGCCAUCUCGUCAAACAGGGUUGUCUUUACGAAUUGUCGGAAAAGGGCACAAGCAGUCUAUUGCAUAGCCUUCAAAAAGCUCCUCACAUCUAUCUCUUUCUCUUCAGCGAUCUCUUGCUAAUCGCCAAGCAAAAGAUGAAUGGCACUUAUGUUUGUCAGGAUUAUGCAAAGCGGUGUUUCGUCGAUACAUCACCGCUAGAACCAGAGAAUCCAAAGAUUCCUUGCGGUUUAUUGCAUCAACUUCCCACACGACCGCAUCUCUUUUCUUGUGUUCUAAUGCAAAAUGCUCGUGGAAAACAAUCGGAGUGGCUCCUUUCCGCAGACAGUGAAAGUGAUCGAGAGCACUGGCUAAGCGCGAUGCGGCCACCAGUGAGUGCGAAUCCUGAAGAGAAAGUGUACGCGGAAUGGGAUUGUCCUCAAGCGAUGACAAUGCACGCGUACAGUAAAGCACAAGAUGAUGAGCUGGAUCUUUCCGUUGGAGAACAUGUGAACAUUCUGAGGAAGAUGUCCGAUGGUUGGUUCUACGGUGAACGAGUACGCGAUGGGGUUGGUGGAUGGUUUCCAUCGAACUACGUUCAACAGUUGAUCAACGAUCACACAAGAGCCAAGGAGUAUCGUCGGAGACUCCGAUUUAUAAAAGGGGAAAUC